AAUUGCCCAUCUUUCUCAUUUGCAAACAUUUCAAACACUUCUGCCUUUCAUUUUCCUCUCUUUCAAUUCCUCCCUCUUAUUAGAUAGCCAAAAAGAGAAGAAAAAACCAAACACAAAAAUGGUGGCUAAAAACAGGUCGUCUGACCUUCCUCCUGGUUUUAGGUUUCAUCCGACCGACGAGGAACUAAUCAUGUAUUAUCUCCGAAACCAGGCAACUUCCAAGCCCUGCCCGGUGUCCAUUAUCCCAGAAGUCGAUGUUUACAAGUUCGAUCCUUGGGAAUUACCUGAUAAAGCAGGGUUUGGAGAAAACGAAUGGUAUUUCUUUACUCCACGGGAUAGGAAGUACCCAAAUGGCAUUCGUCCUAAUCGUGCAGCGGUAUCGGGCUAUUGGAAAGCCACGGGCACGGACAAGGCCAUCUAUAGUGGCUCCAAAUAUGUGGGUGUGAAGAAGGCUCUUGUGUUCUAUCAGGGCAAGCCACCUAAAGGCACCAAGACUGAUUGGAUUAUGCAUGAGUAUCGCCUUAGCGACUCAAGAUCACACCCGCCCAAUAAGCAAAAUGGAUCCAUGAGGUUGGAUGAUUGGGUUUUGUGUAGAAUUUACAAGAAGAAGAGCAUGGGGAGCACUAAUAGAGCCAUGGAGAUAAUGAAAGUUGAAGUAGAGACACAACCACAAGUUAUUUCAAUGAAUAAUUGUGAGCCAUUGAUUGGUAGUGGACCACAAGGAUUGAUAUUGCCAAGGCCAUGUUCAUUAACACAUCUAUUGGAAUUGGGUUACCUCGGAUCAAUUCCCCAACUCUUAGGUGACGAAGACAACAACAAUAAUUUCCAAAAUUACCCAAAUCUUGACCAUCAUCAUCAAAGUCCAUUAAUGGGCAGCAGUAGUGGAAAUGUCCCUUUUGCCAUUGGUGAAACUCCUCCACAGCACCAAUGGCAAUAUAGCAGCCAACAAAGUGGGUUCUCCAACCAGCCAAUGCCAAUUUUUGUCAACCCUGUUGCAUUCCAGUUCCAGUGACAUCAAGGGUAGAUUUGACAAUUCCAAGGUGGGAACUAUGAUCAAGAUCAAAGUAGUUGCCGUCAUCAUUCGGUCAUCAUCAAGAAUUGGAUAAUGUUUAGAAAUUAAAUGGAAAUUAAAAGAUGACCCAUAAUGUCAGUCCACUGUAAUUUUAAUUAAUGUUCUACCCCGGUCCCCACGUGCUUGAGAAAAUGUUAAAUUAGUUGGUUUGUUGUGUUUCUACCUUGCUGAAUUGUAAUAAAUUUUUGUUUUUAUCUUC